CCUACUUUCCAAUGAUUCUAUUUUAAGUAAUUCUAAAACUUCUAAAAAACCGGAGCGAUUCCGGGCAAUCGAGAAGUACGGAGGAUAAAGUUUGUCAAAUCUGGGAGGAUUUUGACCACUGGAUUUCGAACGAGUUUUCUCCUCCCGCUGCAAAAAGUCGGGAUCAUGAUAACCACGCCGACGAGGAGCAGAUAAGUCGUGAUGAUACGACCAGUCAUGCGGGAUUAUCUUCUGCUCAAGUGGAGCCUGUUGUUGGGGAAACUGAUAGGACCGGGAUUCAUGGCGCGGGCAUUCUUUGCCGAAACCCGGGUUGUGGUCGGCACUCGUCUUCAUGCACGCUGUUAUUACAAGGCAAUCGGAAUGGUGAUGAUGAUGCCAUCCAGAGACAGAGAGGAUGCUAUAGUUUGGAGAUAUUUGACCCACGUCCUCCCCGAUCAUCGAAUAUGGACCCUGGUUCCACCAUGUUCUCCGUUUCGCCGUAUUUGGUCUCAAUUUUUGUCCUUUUAGCGACAUCUGUUUUCGUUUUUGCAAUAUUAAUUUUGUGGUCGACUCGCUUCUAUGAAAAUGGUUCUUCCACAAUUCAAAAUUGGUGGAGUCCACGACCCCACGGGAGAAAUAGUG